AUGUAUGCCCACGCCCACUGGGGGCUUCAGUCGGGACACGCUACGGGGGGUCGAAACGCGGGCGCAGCGCGCCAUGCUGGGCCGCAGGGCCCGCGCAGAGGUUCUGGGGAGGAUGUGGCCUCCCGCCCGCCUUGCCCGCUUGGGCCGCCCCGUGGCCAUGACCCCUCGCGGGGGGCCCGCGGCCUUCGUGAAGUCCGGGCAGCGGGCCUCGGUGCACUGGAAGAACGCCUGGCAGAGCUACUGCGCCCUGUACGGCAGGGGCCUGAACGACCCGGCGAAGCACGACGACGCCCACAUCCUUCGCCGACUCUCGGCGCCCCAGGGCAGAUCGCCUUCGCGGACCUGCAGAACGUGGCGGAGGAGCAGGGCGUGCCGGUGAACGGCCAGCCCGCGUCCUGGGGCGCCAGGAGGCCGGCGGCCUGGCCCGCCGCGGGGGAGCCGCCGGCCAAGAGGCCGCCGGUCGGGUCUGGGGCCGGGGGCGGCGCCGCUGCGGGCGGCGCGGCGAGGGACCCGGGCAAGGCUGCGCUGGUGGACAAGGUCAAGGCUCUGCAGAGGUCCGACCCGACGGCAAAGGACGCCUGGCAGACGUAUUGCGAAGAUAGCUACAGGGGUGUCAAGGACCCCUCUCGCCACGAGGCAGCGUCCUUGGAGGCCUUCCUGUCCACUUACGGCGUCGACUAA